GUCGUCGGCAUGUCCCCAGUGAGCUCAAUUAACUUGGUACGGCUUGGGGGGAGCCGGGAACACAGUUGCCAUCGAUCGGCCGCCGUUUGCCCCUCGGUUACAUUCAAACCGAACUCCUUGUCCCCCGCUUGCCUCCUGCAUACUUUGCGGUGCAGGAUUGUGUAGUGCCACAGCUCGUCCCGCCUAUUGGGAUCCAGUGUUAAUGCAAUUCUACGCCGGUGCUCUGGCGAUGCGGGAACGAAUACGACAAGAUGAAUCGCUUUCGCUUUUGAAGCCUGGACCCAUUCCGUGUCGAUCUUCUUUCCCGGCCGGGAUCCUCAUGCGAAUUCAGCAAGUCAAGAGCCAAAUCCAGCCGCAACCAGAGUCGAGCCCGAUAUGAUAUAAGUCGUCUCAUUGUCAUGUUCCAUACGGCGCUGAAACAAUCUCACCCUUUCCCCCUCAACCAUUCCGACCAAAAUGACCGGAUCGACUGAAGCCACCAACGGCAACAGCGCCGCUCCCAGUGAAGAGAACCUCAAGCUGUUUGAGCUCUCCCACAAGUACAGCACCGAAGCAGCCAAACGUCUACGUGCCGACGGACUGGGCCAGUUUGUCCGACUCAAGGAGGCCGGCAGCGAGCGAUUCCGGUCUCUCGCCGAGGACCCGUGGGCGGACCAUGCUGCACUAAACGCCAAAGAACCAGUCAAAGACGGAGCCAAGCACAAGUUCCUGAUUCUCGGCGCCGGAUACGGCGGCCUCCUCUUUGCCGUCCGCCUGCUUGAGGCCGGCCUCGCUAGCGGAUCCGAUGACAUUCUGCUCGUCGACGCCGCGGGCGGGUUCGGCGGCACCUGGUGGUGGAACCGGUACCCGGGCUUACACUGCGACAUCGAGAGCUACACGUACAUGCCCCUGCUCGAGGAGACCGGCUACAUGCCCAAGAGCAAGUAUGCCCCGGGGCCCGAACUGCUGGAGCAUGCCGAGCGCAUUGCGUCGCAGUGGAAACUGCAGGACAGAGCUCUCUUCCGGGCGAAUGUGAAGAGAACCAGCUGGGACGACGGCGCGCAAUUGUGGAAUGUCGAGCUUGCCGAGGGUCGAGGUCCCGGGGAGCCCCGCCGCGAGCUCAAGUUGCGGGCUCAAUAUGUCUUGAUCGCAUCCGGCAUCCUUACCAACCCCCAUAUUCCCAAGAUCCUUGGGCUCGAGACCUUCGCCGGACCGCUGUUUCACACAGCUCGCUGGGACUAUAAGGUCACGGGCGGUAGUCCCGAAGAUGCCACGCUUACGGGGCUUGAGGGUAAACGGGUAGGCAUUCUCGGCACCGGCGCGACCGCCAUUCAGGUGGUGCCCAAGGUCGCCAAGUAUGCAAAGGAGCUGUUUGUGUUCCAGCGGACACCGUCGGCCGUGUCGUGGCGCGGCCAGCGUCCGACGGACUCUGAGGAAUGGAAAUCAAAGAUUGCCAACAAGAAGGGUUGGCAGCGCGAGCGCAUGUUGAACCUUGACUCGUACCUGACCGACGCCGUUGAGGAGGGCCAAGAGGACCUGGUCGCCGACGGAUGGACCGAGAUGCCCGCUUUCUCUGCUGUCCUCGGCUCUCCCAGGUACGGCAUCGUUGAGCCGACUCCCGAGAAGAUUGCCCAGCACGUCGCGAGGUUGCACAAACUCGAUGUUCCCCAUAGCGAGCAGGUCCGCGCGCGGACCGAGAGCAUCGUUAAAGACCGCGAGACAGCGGAAAAGCUGAAGGCGUGGUACCCGACCUGGUGCAAGCGUCCCACCUUCAGCGACGAGUACCUUCAAGCCUUCAACCUGCCGAACGUGCACCUCGUCGACACGGAUGGCAAGGGCGUCGACUCGGCAACAUCAGCCGGCCUAGUCGUCGCCGGCAAGGAGUACCCCCUCGACGUCCUCAUUCUCAGCACGGGGUACGUGACCCCGGCUAUUGGCGGUGGCAGCCCGGCGGUACGCACCGGCAUCUCCAUUUACGGUCGGGGAGGCCAGUCGCUGGACGACAAAUGGCAGAACCAGGGCGCGGCGACUCUCCACGGGGUAUGUACCAACGGGUUCCCCAACCUCUUCUUCGCGCCGCUGUCGCAGUCGGCGCAGGCCGCCAACAACGUCUUUACGCUCGACAUCGGCGCCGAGCACAUUGCGCACAUCAUCGCGCAGGCCGAAGCCCGGGCGGAGCCGAGCGGCGCCGUCAUCGAGGUGUCGAGCGAGGCCGAGGAGGGCUGGUCGCUUCAGAUCAUGCAGCACGCCGGCUGGUUCGCGAGCGUCAUGGGCUGCACCCCGGGCUACAUCACGUCGGAGGGCGAGGCGUUGAGGCAGUCUCAGGACCCGAUGGAGAUGGCUAAGAAGGCACGAAGCGGCAACUGGAGUAAAGGGAUGGCGGCGUUCUUGAAGGUCCUCCAGGACUAUCGGGCUGACGGGUCGCUUCGGGGGAUUGAAGUGACGUCGAGGGCUGCUUAGAUGUAUUACUGGGCUUGAGUUAGGUUCUUCUCGAUGCCAACACUCUAUUGGAAAGUGAGCAACCGACUUGUUAUUCACCGAACCUUGAUGCAACCGCGAAGCUCAGCUUGGCAGUUUGAGGUACUCGCCAGUCUACUCCAUACUCCGUAUCCGUGGAUGAGGUCCUGAAACGUGGUACCCGGGGCGACCGCUUCCCUCACACUGCCAACAGGGGUGAGCCGGUGCGGGCUGAGCUGCUAACAUGCUAGCCUGUUAGCUUGUACAUCCUUGUC